AAUGGAUUGAUGGAUCUGCGGAGGGCUCUUAACUUUCAAUGAUCGUUCCCCCAGAGAGGAAGCUGAAUCCCGUCGUAAUUCUACCCUGGACCCGGUUGAUGCCUGAUCAACCGAGUCACUUGUACCAGGCCUAUUCUUCGAGCGUAUACUCCCAGAACGCGAUUUGAGACUACCUUCUCUACUAUUGCGGGAUGCCUGUAGCAUUAGAUUGAUGGGUUGUUGUCAAAAUCGCAGAUUUCGGAGAAGAGAGAUAGCAGAUAUACAGUGAACAUACAUCUUGUGAGCCUUCACGAACCACAUUCUCUCUCGCCUUUACGGAACUGGCUUCCCCUGCUGCUCUCUCGCGUGCCUUCUCCUUCUCCCGCCUUUGCUGAUGACGUCGACUCCUGGCAACGCGCUCAUUGUGACAAUCCAUGCAGUAUAUGCCUUGACUGGUCUUUGCAAAUACAAGUUCGUCUAUACGUUUCUUGCAGACCUUGCAGUUGAAACAGUGUGCAUGACAUUGCAACAGUAUGAACAAUCCGCACACACGGGGGAACCAUCGGAAAGUAAAAGAAGAAAUGACCAUAUAUCCGGUGUAACACAUACCCAAAUGCAACCACCACGCUUCCGUCUUCCGUAACAACAGUCUUCUUGCAUCCUGGACACACUUUGUUCUCCACCAUUAUGGCAGGAUCCAAGAGGGCGUGACUAGCCCGAUCAAGCACGGGGGCAGAAAGGGUAGAGGUAGCUGCCAUGGUACCCUAAGAACCCGAGCGUCCCGGGCGUCCUAACAGCGGAAACAGGGUGGAUAUCAGCUUGUCCGUUGUCUUGUAGACGGUCGGUUGCUAGUACAGGAAGGAUGUUGAAAUUAUCGGAGGGAAAUACGAAUGAGUGAUCCUGAGCUGUCGAUAGUAUCCAGCGCUGCUGGUCGACAACUGGGGGUAAAGGUUUAGGCGUACUAGGACGUAGUGACCUACCUAACGUUCAAUCUUCAUGGAAAUCAGAACGAAGAGACGAGAGAGUGUGUCGGUAACCGUAACAGCGU